AUGAAAGGAGCAGAAAACACCAUUGGCAAGGUUAAAACGAAGGGAAUAAAGAAGCCUUGGGUGACUGAAGAAAUGCUGGUAAAGAUGGAUGAGCGGAGAAGCAACAAUGCUCAAAGAGGAAUAGAAAGUAAAGAUGGAGAAUUACUAACGAACCCGCACGGCAUCAAGAAGAGGUGGAAGGAAUAUAUAGAAAUGCUGUACAACAAGGAUGGAAGACCAGCAGAAUUGUUUGUAGAAGAAGAAUCAGAAGUUGAUAAGGAAGGAAUCGGACCAGACAUCAUCAGAGCGGAAAUGUAUUUAGAAGGUAAAUGGCCGGAGGACUUUGUUAAGAGCGUGAUGGUACCGUUAGAGAAAAAAGAUGCUAAGAAAAGAGAGGACCACAGGACGAUUAGCUUAAUAUCGCAUGCAUCCCAGAUUAUGCUCAAGAUUCUCCGGACGAGGCAGAAGGAGGCGGAGCUAAGGAGGACCAUGAGCCAAGCAAUCGAAGGCAGAGGUGUUGAGUUGUCAUCAGUCAGAGAAACGACCUGGAUCUAA